GGAGCAAGGACCUUGAACGUGCGAACCUGCCCGAGGACCCGCGCUCCUAGCGCCACCGCACGCGCGCUCCGGCCCCCGGGCCACCCGCCCUCGCCGGCCCCCGCCCCUCCGGGAGGAAGAAGAGGGUAGGUGGGGAGGCGGAUGAGGGGUGGGGGACCCCUUGACGUCACUGGAAGGAGGUGCCGGGGUAGGAAGUGGGCUGGAGAAGGUUAUAAAUCGCCCCCGCCCUCGGCUGCGCUUCAGCGAGGUCCUCGGGAGGCUUGGAGCGCGGCGGUGGCAGCGGACACUCCCCGGAGAUAGUGGCACUGGUGGUGGCGGCUGCUCGGAGCGGGCUCCGGGACUCAAGCUCGGCGGCUAGCGGACGCGGGACGGCGAGGACCUCCCCACACACUCCCCCCACACCCUCCUCGACUGCAGGCGCGGAGAAGGGCUCGCGCGGCGCCAAGCAGGAGCAGGAGGGGACCGGCUCGGGCGGCUGCGCCGUCGGCCUCGGAGAGCGCGGGCACCGGGCCAGCAGGCCGCGUCGCGCUCACCAUGGUCAGCUGCUGGGACACCGCGGUCCUGCCUUGCGCGCUGCUCGGGUGUCUGCUUCUCACAGGAUAUGGUUCAGGGUCGAAGUUAAAAGGACCUGAACUGAGUUUAAAAGGCACCCAGCACGUCAUGCAAGCCGGCCAGACUCUCUUUCUCAAGUGCAGAGGGGAGGCAGCCCACUCGUGGUCUCUGCCCGAGACAGUGAGCCGGGAGGACCAGAGGCUGAGCAUCACUCCCGCAUCUGCCUGCGGGAGGAAUGACAGACAGUUCUGCAGCACCCUGACCUUGAACAUGGCGCAGGCCAACCACACGGGCCUCUAUGCCUGUAGAUACCUCCCCAAAUCUACUUCGAAGAAAAAGAAAAUGGAGUCUGCAAUCUACAUAUUUGUUAGUGAUGAAGGGAGUCCUUUCACAGAGAUGCACACGGACAUACCCAAACUUGUACACAUGACAGAAGGAAGAGAGCUCAUCAUCCCCUGCCGGGUGACGUCACCCAACAUCACUGUCACUCUAAAAAAGUUUCCGUUUGAUAUUCUUACCCCUGACGGGCAAAGAAUAACGUGGGACAGUAGGAGAGGCUUUAUAAUAGCAAACGCGACGUACAAAGAGAUAGGACUGCUGAACUGUGAAGCCACGGUCAACGGGCACCUGUACCAGACAAACUAUCUGACCCAUCGGCAGACCAAUACAAUCCUAGAUGUCCAAAUAAGCCCACCGAGCCCAGUGAGAUUGCUCCACGGUCAAACUCUUGUCCUCAACUGCACCGCCACCACGGACCUCAAUACGAGGGUGCAGAUGAGCUGGAAUUACCCUGGUAGAGCAGCCAAGAGAGCAUCUAUAAGGCAGCGGAUUGACCAGAGCCACCCCCACAGCAAUGUGUUCCACAGUGUUCUUAAGAUCAACAACGUGGAGCGCAAAGACAAGGGGCUCUACACUUGUCGUGUGAAGAGCGGGUCGUCAUUCCGGUCUUUCAACACCUCCGUGCAUGUGUACGAAAAAGGAUUUAUCAGCGUGAAGCAUCGGAAGCAGCAGGUGCAAGAAACCACAGCAGGAAGGCGGUCCUAUCGGCUCUCCAUGAAAGUCAAAGCUUUCCCCUCGCCAGAAAUCGUAUGGUUAAAAGAUGGCUCACCGGCAACGUUGAAGUCCGCUCGCUAUUCGGUGCAUGGCUACUCGCUAAUUAUCAAAGAUGUAACCACCGAGGACUCGGGGGACUAUACCAUCUUGCUGGCCAUAAAGCAGUCAAAGAUAUUUAAAAACCUCACUGCCACUCUUAUUGUCAAUGUGAAACCUCAGAUCUACGAAAAGUCCGUGUCGUCCCUUCCGAGCCCACCUCUUUACCCACUGGGCAGCAGACAAGUCCUCACUUGCACCGUGUACGGCAUCCCGCGGCCUACCAUCAAGUGGCUCUGGCACCCCUGUCACCUCAAUCACUCCAAAGAAAGGUAUGACUUCUGCUUUGAGAGUGAAGAAUCUUUUAUCCUGGAUCCCGGCAGCAACUUAGGAAACAGAAUUGAGAGCAUCACUCAGCGCAUGAUGGUCAUAGAAGGAACCAAUAAGACGGUUAGCACGCUGGUGGUGGCUGACUCUCGGACCCCUGGAAUCUAUAGCUGCAAGGCCUCCAAUAAAAUAGGGACUGUGGAAAGAAACAUCAAAUUUUACGUCACAGAUGUGCCGAAUGGCUUUCACGUUUCCUUGGAGAAGAUGCCAACUGAAGGAGAGGACCUGAAACUGUCCUGUGUCGUCAAUAAAUUCCUGUACAGAGACAUUACCUGGAUCUUGCUACGGACAGUUAACAACAGAACCAUGUACCAUGGCAUCAGCAAGCAAAAAAUGGCCACCACUCAAGACUACUCCAUCACUCUGAACCUUGUCAUCAAGAACGUGUCUCUGGAAGAUUCGGGCACCUAUGCCUGCAGAGCCAGGAACAUAUACACAGGGGAAGACAUCCUUCGGAAGACAGAAGUUCUCGUUAGAGAUUUGGAAGCGCCACACCUGCUUCAGAACCUCAGUGACCACGAGGUGGCUAUCAGUGGCUCUACAACCUUAGACUGUCGAGCUAGAGGUGUCCCCGCGCCUCAGAUCACUUGGUUCAAAAACAACCAUAAAAUACAACAGGAGCCGGGAAUUGUUUUAGGACCAGGAAACAGCACGCUGUUUAUUGAAAGAGUCACAGAGGAGGAUGAGGGUGUCUAUAGGUGCCGAGCCACCAACCAGAAGGGAGCCGUGGAAAGCUCAGCCUAUCUCACUGUGCAAGGAACCUCAGACAAGUCAAACCUGGAGCUGAUCACGCUCACAUGCACGUGCGUGGCCGCAACCCUCUUUUGGCUCCUUCUAACUCUCUUCAUCCGAAAACUGAAGCGGUCUUCUUCUGAAGUAAAGACAGACUACCUGUCAAUCAUAAUGGACCCUGACGAAGUCCCCCUGGAUGAGCAGUGUGAACGGCUGCCCUAUGAUGCCAGCAAGUGGGAGUUUGCUCGGGAGAGGCUUAAACUAGGCAAAUCGCUGGGCAGAGGGGCUUUUGGAAAAGUAGUUCAAGCCUCUGCAUUUGGCAUUAAGAAAUCACCUACCUGCCGGACCGUGGCCGUGAAGAUGUUGAAAGAGGGGGCCACAGCCAGCGAGUACAAAGCUCUGAUGACCGAACUCAAGAUCUUGACUCACAUCGGCCAUCAUCUGAAUGUGGUUAACCUCCUGGGAGCCUGCACCAAGCAAGGAGGGCCUCUGAUGGUGAUCGUGGAAUACUGCAGAUAUGGAAACCUGUCCAACUACCUCAAGAGCAAACGCGACUUAUUCUGUCUCAACAAGGACGCAGCCUUGCGUAUGGAACCCAAGAAGGAAAAGCUGGAGCCAGGCCUGGAGCAGGACCAGAAACCCCGCCUAGACAGUGUCAACAGCAGCGAGAGCUUCACCAGCUCCGGCUUCCAAGAAGACAGAAGUGUGAGCGACGGGGAAGGAGACGAGGAUUACAGUGAGAUGUCCAAGCAGCCCCUCACCAUGCAGGACCUGAUUUCCUACAGUUUCCAAGUGGCCAGAGGCAUGGAGUUUCUGUCCUCCAGAAAGUGCAUUCAUCGGGACCUGGCAGCACGGAACAUCCUCUUAUCUGAGAACAAUGUGGUGAAGAUUUGCGACUUUGGCCUGGCCCGGGAUAUUUAUAAGAACCCCGAUUAUGUGAGGAGAGGAGAUACUCGACUUCCCCUAAAAUGGAUGGCUCCUGAAUCCAUCUUUGACAAGGUCUACAGCACCAAGAGUGACGUGUGGUCCUAUGGAGUGUUGCUGUGGGAGAUCUUCUCCUUAGGAGGUUCUCCAUACCCAGGAGUGCAAAUGGAUGAAGACUUCUGCAGCCGCCUGAAAGACGGCAUGCGGAUGAGAACGCCGGAGUAUGCCACACCUGAAAUCUACCAAAUCAUGUUGGAUUGCUGGCACAAAGACCCCAAAGAGAGGCCCCGGUUUGCCGAACUCGUGGAGAAACUUGGUGACCUGCUUCAAGCCAACGUCCAACAGGACGGUAAAGACUACAUCCCUCUCAACGCCAUACUGACCAGAAACAGUGGCUUCACGUACUCAGCCCCCACUUUCUCUGAGGACUUUUUCAAGGAUGGUUUUACAGAUCCAAAGUUUCAUUCCGGAAGCUCUGAGGAUGUGAGAUACGUAAAUGCUUUCAAAUUCAUGAGCCUGGAAAGAAUCAAAACCUUUGAGGAGCUCUCACCAAAUGCCACCUCCAUGUUUGAGGACUAUCAGCUGGACACUAGCACUCUGCUGAGCUCUCCCUUGCUGAAGCGAUUCACCUGGACUGAGACCAAGCCCAAGGCCUCGAUGAAGAUAGACUUGAGAAGAGCAAGUAAGAGCAAGGAGGCGGGCCUUCCCGAUCUGCCCAGGCCCAGCUUCUGCUUUGCCAGCUGUGGCCACAUCAGGCCCGUGCAUGAGGAUGACGACUCUGAGCUGGGGAAGGAAUCCUGCUGCUCUCCACCCCCAGACUACAACUCCGUGGUGUUGUACUCCUCCCCGCCUGCCUAAUGCUUCUCACAAGCCACAGACAACCAGCCUCUGACAGUAUUAUACAUAUAUGAGUUUACACCUAUUCCGCUCCACAGGAGCCAGCUGCUUUUUGUGACCUUUUUAAUCGUGCUUCUUUUUUUUUUGUUUCAUUUGUUGUUGCUGUUUUGACUAACAAGAAUGUAACCCCAGAUAGUGGCGCGCGUGAGGAACACUAUGGUUAGAGAAAUCCUUUCUAAGUCCAGUGGCUCACCUGCUUCAACAACCCCUCAAAGCCUCAGGGUAACCCCUCGGGGACAGGAAGGUGCAGGUACCAUUGCAGCCACGGCCCUGCCUACCCUCCCGGCAGCUGUGGGCCCAGAUGCUGCUGGAAGCUCAGAGCAGCAUGCGCUGCCCUGCUCUGUGUAGGCCUUGGGAUAUUCCACGUGGAGCCGGUGCAGGGGAGGGCUCCGCUGCGCCACCUCAGUGACCUCUCACUCCUGGCCUCUGCUUUUUCGGGUCCCCUUCCAAGGGGUAUCAGAGCAGAAUGUGAGGGACCCUAGAUCAGGGCACAUGUUCUCGGGAGCCACAGUAAAUCUUAACUCUCUUCCCGGGAGUCUUCUGUUGUCUGCGUACCAUCCAAAGCGUGUUUAAUAUGUGCCAAUGGGGGGUGGGGCUGGCGCUUGGCUCUGAGGCCAGACUCACCAUCAGGUCUUCUAGCAGCGAGACACACCCCGAGGUCAAACCCAAGCCUGGAGGUGUGACAUUAGUGUACUGCUCACAGGGAGUUACGUGGUCCAGCUUGGCCUAGGAAGGUUGCCUACAAGUGGGCUCAAAAGCUACAUUUUAAACAGGUUCUAUUUCAAGUAUUUAACAUAUAGACAAGACACUUUUGCAGUAUCCUGUUUUAUAUAGUUAGCUAUCCAAGGAAGCUGGGGCAAGUUGAGAGUAAUGGUCGACACAAGGGUUUUCUCUGUACCCAAAUCUGGCUCGAUGGACUAAGGCCCGGUAAGGCCCGGGGGAUGCUCCUGGACAGUCGCCUAGCCACUCACGCAAAGCUGGGGCCUCACUGGCUUCUCUUCAUUGUGAGUGUCACCAUCUCAAGGCAGUCUGGGAGGAGCAAAAGAGCGCCAGCCAGUGUUUACUCAGCACUUUAUGCUCCUUGGCAUAGCAGGUGAUGUGUAAUUGAUGUAAGUUCUCUCUACGCUGGGACUCCGGGUAUUAGACAAUGAGCCAUCAAAAGGAAAAAAAAAAACAAAAAAUCUUAUUCUCAUCUGUUUUGGACCUUGCCUGGGGUCUACUGAUGGCGACAGGGUAGAAAUGGGAAGACAGGGUAGAAAAGGGUGUCCGCUCUUUGGGGGGAGGGGGGUGGGUCUUGAGAUUGCCACUUAAAUCUCUGGCCUGAACAGGAGCAUGUGCGCCUGCGCUUCCCUAUGGGCCCCAUCCUGAAGGUUUUCUGUCUGAUGAGACUGGAGGCCCUGCCCAGUCCCCACCGAGUCAGCCUACAGCCUACAGUGGCUCUUGGUGGACUCACUAGCCAGGACUAGACCAACAGGAAAGGGCUUUCAGAGACACUGGAGAAAAAGAAGUCAGGUAGGGCUGGGCAAAGAUGCCUUUGUUCAUUUGCAAAAGCUCUUGUCGGCUGCGGUGUGUAAGUCAGCCGACGGAUGAUGCAUCCUGCUGUUUCUCAUCCAAAUAUCCAAAAAUCAGUGGCGGGUAGGGCAGGGAGAAGACCAUAGCCAGUUCUGUAUCAUUCCAAUUGUAAUAAUCUAAAUUCUUAAUCAUUAAGAGACUUUAGUAGAUGUCCCUUUUCCAUAAAAGUAAAAGAGACAUACUGGGAUUCUCUGGUUCUGUUUAAAGACUUAGUUUUGGAGCCUAUGAUAGUUCAUCAGAGAAAGAAAGGAAAGAAAGAAAGGAAAAGAAAGAAGGAAAAGAAAGGAGGAAAGAAGGAAAGAAAGGAAAAAGAUGGUUCCUUCUGAGUUUUUAAGGUAGGAAGAAAAAUGGAAACUUAUACCGACAGACAUACCUAGGUGCACUGGGCCUGUUCAAAAACACCAUUGGACAUUAAGAGUCUUCACAGUGACAUUAAAACCGUUUGCCAUUCAAGGCCCAAGUAGUUGGCACUAAGGAAGAACAAACAUUUCUCCUAGUGUUUGAGAUCGCCAACGUGGGACUGGGGAGCUGAGGCCUCAGGCUAGUCUAAAUUAGCCCGAGAUGGACCCUCGGGGGACAUCCUGCUGCACAGGUCUUUAAGCAGUGCUGUGCUCCCCUGCCUAUAAGUCAACCCAGUCAAGGGACAGGGCAGGGCACCUUUGACCCACGGUGGUAGGAACUGUACAUGUGUGUGUGUAUCUGUAUGUUUUGUGCAUAACUAUUUAAAGAAACUGGAAUUUUGAAGUUAACUUUUAUAUGAGUCAAGAUUAUAUGCUACAGACAGAACUAAGACAUGAUCUGGCCUCACCUUUCUAGUCAUGAUGAAUGUAUUUCAUAUAUUAUCUUCAUUUAAUACAUUAACUUUCAAAACCAA